AUGUCUCGUCCAGUAUCACCCGUGGACUCAAGCUUGAGCUCAGAUGGCCAGAUCCUGUAUUACAACAUGCUUGGCGUAGCCUUUUCAAUGUUCGCAUACGGUGUCCACGUUGCAUUGUUUCUCACAAUACUGCGGCAUUAUGUCUGGCCAUCCCCAUCAGGCCGACGGCAGUGGCUUCUAUUUGCAUACAUCUGCGUCGUGUCAUGUCUAGCUACUGUCGGCAUCACGCUCCAUCUUGUCUGGGAAACCACAGCGUUCCUUAAUACCGGAGACGGUGUGGAGUUCUCUCGGGUUCUCGUUGAGAAAGUAGACCGGACGCAGCCCAUGAUCCUGGCGCUCACCGUGAUAUAUAUGCUUUUGAACUGGGUAUCGGACGGCAUGCUGCUCUAUAGGUUCUGCGUUAUCUUUCACAGACGCCUCAUGGUCGUCCUCCUGCCGACCGCUGCUCUGCUGGCACUUAUUGUUUUCGGAUCAUACUACGCAAGGCAUCUGGCUUCACUGAGCAUGAAUCUCUGGGCAAGCAUCCCCACUGGCCCAGAACUUACAUGUCUGACUCUAUCUCUGGCGUUCAACGUUGUGCUCACGGCACUCAUCAUCUGCAAGUUGCUGCUUCUGCGCUACACAGCCCGUCAAUGUGGUGUAGACGUGUCCUACCUUUCUGUCGCUGGCAUCCUGAUCGAAUCUGCAUUCCCGUAUGCUAUGGUUUCCACCUUCACGCUCAUCGCUCUUGGGACCGGUAGUUCAUGGCAGACGUCGCUGCUGCCCUUUCUCGGACAAACGCAGGCUAUCCCGUCUCUGUUGAUCGCUGUGCGCGUGUUGGAGAACCGUGCAAUAUCUCGACAAGAAAUGGCGCAGACAAUGUCCACAGUCUCUCAGUCCAUUGUCUUCAAUCAUCCCCGAGACGUGGCGAGUCCGUCGCCUACAUGUCCCAAUUCGCGUUGCAUGUCCCCUGCGAUCAGACUGCCUCUGAACUUGGAUGCACCCAGCAAAGACUCAAUUGCAGAUCUAACAUCCGACAUAUGGCCAGCCAUAGCGCCGCGGGAACCAGAGAAGGCGCAUUGGCGAUGCAUUAGUGGUGAGUCAAAAUCCUGCGCGAACAUCCGUUCGGAGUUCACCCUGAGCUGA